AUGCAUGAAGGUUUUCGUGUGAAUGUUGAGUUCGAAUUGAGGUUUCAUUCGGAUUCAUUGUUAAUUACCGAAUUGCUUGUUGAUGUGGAAAACUUCACUACCAGUUUGACUUUGGAGUUUGAGGCUGAAUUUUGGUAUCCAAAUAGCACUCAUCACGCUGAUCAACUUUGUCCAAAGGAGCCCCGCAAAUUCUUUCAUUUGGUAGGUGUUUUUCUACAAAAGGGUAAAAAGUCUGAGUCUGAGUCUUUGCAUUCGGAUUCCGAGGAUAUUAUUAAUAUGGCUAACAGAAUUUUGAAGGAAUUUGUAGCACCCCUGAUGUCAACUAUCAAGCUUUGGCAAUUCACUGGGAAAGACCCUCACAAGCACUUGAAGGAAUUUCGUGUGGUAUGCUCAACCAUGAAGCCACAUGGAGUGGAGGAGGACCACAUUAAGCUGAGAGCAUUUCCUUUUUCUUUGGAUGGAUCCGCCAAGGAUUGGUUGUACUACUUGCAUCUUGGUUCCAUCACAAGCUGGCAGGACAUGAAGAGGAUGUUCUUGGAGAAGUUCUUCCUUGCCUCAAGAGCUGCUUCUAUUAGGAAAGAAAUUUGUGGCAUAAGGCAAAUUACUAGAGAGACUCUGGAUGAGUAUUGGGAGAGGUUCAAGAAAUUGUGUGCAAGCUGUCCACACCAUCAAAUAAGCGACCAGCUCCUUAUUCAAUAUUUUUACGAAGGUCUCAUGCUAAUGGACAGAAGUAUGGUUAAUGCCGCUUCUGGAGGGGCUUUGGUAGACAAAACUCCCACUGCAGCUCGUGAAUUGAUUGCAAACAUGGCUGCCAAUGCACAACAGUUUGGUACCCGAGCCAUGGUGUCUACAAGAGGAGUGAACAAAUUGAAAACCUCUGAUACAAACCAGCAAAGAAUGGAGAACAGAAUAGAAGAGUUGACAACUUUGGUAAGGCAUUUGGCACUCGGUCAGACACAGCAACCUCAACAGUCCAUCCCAACAGCAAUAAGCGUUUGUGGAAUUUGCUGUGUACCAGGUCACGCAACAAAUCAAUGUCCACAAAUGCAAGAAACCAAUGAAACAGUUGCUGGAAUUUUUCCUGGAAAACCUUUCCAACAACAACAGCAUCAAAGGAGUUAUAACUCCUUUUCCAAUACAUACAAUCUCAGAUGGAGAGAUCACCCGAACCUGAGGUAUGGUAACUCUAAUCAGUUCCAACAACAGCAACAACAACAACAACAACCUCAAUAUCAAUUCAGGCACCACAUUGCAGAACAAAAUAUGAGGCAGCAGUAUUCACAGCAAGCUAAAGCAGACCAACCACAAAGCAGUAGCUUAGAACCAAGCCUAGUAGAUUUGGUGAAGCAGAUGCUUGAAGUUCCAGAUUCUGCAGAACAUUCUGCUGCAGCAGAAAAAUCAAAUUCUGCAGAGAUAGACGCAGCUGAAGAGCAACCAGAGCCAUCCAACAAGAGAGACAGUAGUCAUUCUGAACAAAACAUUCCGCUGUCUUUUCCAAAUAGAGUGACUCAAAACAAGAAGAUAGCAGAGGUAGAAAUGGACAAGGGGAUCAUGGAAACUUUUAGGAAAGUUGAAGCCAAUAUUGCACUCCUAGAAGCUAUCAAACAGAUCCCAAAGUAUGCCAAGUUUCUCAAGGACUUGUGCACUCAUAGAAGAAGGCUAAAGGGAAAUGAAAAAGUGAGCAUGGGCAGAAAUGUUUCUGCCAUCAUUCAGCCAAGCAUUUCUCCAAAAUGCAAGGAUCCUGGGACUUUCACCAUUCCAUGCAUCAUAGGAAGAAAGCAAUUCAGUCAAGCCAUGUUGGACCUUGGAGCUUCCAUCAAUGUGAUGCCAAAAUCAGUCUACCAGUCUUUGCACAUUUGA